AUGGCGCAGUACGGCCCCUAUGUUCGACUCUGGGGCAUCCGCCCAUCACAACUCCCUGCAGAGACUGCGUCAGCUCAAGACCUCGUUCCAUUUCUUCAGUCCAUCUUGAGCGAGGCCGUUCCUUUCGUCGGCUCAGUGCCCCUACAAUCUUCGUCCUCGUCGUCGUCGUCAUCAUCAUCAUCCUCGUCGGGCAAGUCCAACCAGAGUGGCCCAGAUGGACCCUGGAAGCCAAAGGGAUGCAGGGCGUUCCCUCACUCGGCCGCGCCGGUGCACCUGUUUGAGCGGGUCGUCUCGGCCGAGGACCUCAAGCUCGCGGCCAAGAGCGACAACCUCCCGCAGGCGUCCGGCGCCGCGCCAAAGAUCAGGCCGGAAACGUGGAGCCUCCGCCGCAGCGUGCACGAGGGGGCGAAGAAGGCCGGGACCGCGGACUGGGACGAGUGGACGCGGUGCUUCAAGGACGAGCACGCCGACGCCGAGAUGAAGUUUACGCCGUCGGUCGUGAGCCACGUGCUGAAGAGGCAGUGGGACUGCGCGGGCGCAGAGGUGACGCUCGGGGGCGACACGUACGAGGACCUGACGCUCAAGCUGGAGGAGUCGACGCACAAGAUGCCCGCGCCGCUCAACAACCGCGUGUUCCCCGUGCUGCAGGUGACGGCGGCGGUGCGGGGCCGGCGCGAGUUCGUCGUCGUCCAGAUCGCGGCCGUGCCCGAGUCGUCCAGGUCGGAGGAGCAGCGGUCGGACGGCGCGCUGCGGGGCGCGUACACGAGCAUAGAGCGCUUCCGGGAGGUGGACGAGCAGGGCAACGUCGAGUGGCUCAUGGGGACGGUGUCGGAUGCGAGAGGCGUGCUGCCGGCGUGGAUCCAGAAGAUGGCGGUGCCGGGGCAGAUUGCGAAGGACGUCGAUAUGUUUCUGGAGUGGAUCGCGAGGGAACGGGAGAGCAAGAAAGGCAGCAAGCUCCUCUCCCACGCGGACGCCCUCGCCCGCAUGACGGUCGAGCUCAACGUCCGCGCGGUGAGCGCCCAGACGGAGCGCCUGGAGAAGAGCGUCGGCGCCCUCGUGGCGUGCACCCAGGAGGACAGGGCGUUCCGGGAGACGCACGACGCGCGGCUGCAGGGCGUGUGCAAGGAGAUGGCCGCGGUGAAGCAGCGCAUGGAGGAGAUUCAGGGGCCGGAGUGGAAGGAGGGAAGCAGCGGCGGGAGGGCUGCUGGAGGGGAAGAAAUUGGCCUGAAGAAGGAGGUGGACAAGACGAUUGAGUUGAUGAGGAGGGAGAUGACUGAGCUCAGGGGCUUGAUCUCGAGCGCACUGGAGAAGCUCCCGACGGCGGCUGAGCCGGAGGCUCUGAUGAGGCGCACGCAGGCCUUGGCUUUGGCAAGCAAUGGCGGCGGAACACAGGCAGAACCAGCUGCCAUGAACCAACCAACCGAUGCCAAAGCAACACGGUCCAGCAAGCAACGCAUCGAAGACGCCAUCGCCUCCACCCGCCGCUGGAACCGCGACCACAAGACGACCAAGCUCACCGACGCCGUCUUCACGGCAAACUACCUCAAGCAGCAGUCCAAGCGCGACCCCCCGAUGGCCGUCCACCUGCAGAGGGCCAUCCAGAAGCACGUCCAGAGCAGUGGCCGCCGGCCGCGGACAAGGGCUCGGCCGAAGAGCCUCGAGCAGUUUUGCAAGACGCUGGUGUGGAAGGAUGUCCUCGAUACGGCGGAGAUUGUACUGGUGAGGGAUUGGAGGAGGACUGCGAGGGCUUUGGAGGAGAGGGGUUGA